AUGCUUUUGCGUCGGAUACUGCUUCUGGCUUCAGUAACGCUGGCAGCUGGGGCUGCGGCUGCAAGUACAGAAUCAGAAGAUACUUUACCUGAGUGCGCGGUAACCUGUCAGAGCCAGUUAAUCGCCGAUAAUUCGACGUCAUGCGCAUCUACCGAUACAACAUGCCUUUGCGGCGACGCUACAUUUCAGGGUAAUAUGACCGAUUGUGUUUCCACAAGCUGUACUCCAAAACAGACCCUCCUCACCACCCGACUCAGUAAUCGCCAAUGCGGCAUAGCUCCCCAUAAGGGACGUCCGGAACUAGACUCAGCCACACUCGUUCCUCUCAUUUUUUCUACGCUUCUUUUCGCCAACAGAAUUGCUGCUAAAUUCAUGGGCCUUGGGGGUGGCUGGGGUCCGGACGAUUACACGAUUAUCGUGGCAUAUGGCCUGGCGGUAGCCAUAUUCGGCGUCAAUGCAACGAUGAUCCAUUAUGGCUUUGGGCAGAAUAUGUGGGACAUAACUCCACUGGACAACAUCACAAUAGUGCUCAAGUACUUCUUUGCCUUUGUUAUAUUGUAUAAGACGCAGAUUUCGCUGGCGAAAAUCUCCGUGUGUCUGUUCUUAUUGCGAAUCUUCCAGUCGAAAUUGUUCCGCUAUGGAGCGUACACGAUCAUCGGAUUGAAUGCUGCGAUCGGAAUCACCUGGGUGUUUACUGAUUCCUUGCGGUGUAUUCCAGUUCACCUGGCCUGGGAUCAAUGGGCGACCGGCGAGCAAGGGACGUGUGUCAACUUCAUCGCGGUGACAUUCGUCAACGCCUAUGUCAAUAUCGGGGUGGAUACGGUCAUGGUGCUCAUGCCGGUCUACGAGGUUUUUAAGCUGAACUUGUCUGCGCGUAAAAAGGCCGGUGUUAGCGUUAUGUUUGCCAUGGGUCUUGUUCUGACCGGUGUUGCAAUUGCUCGAGUGAUUGUCUUCUGGUUCAACCGCUGGAAUACCAACCCUACUGUCCAACUUCAACCGAUCGUGCACUGGUCGGUCAUCGAAGUCCACAUCGCCGUGAUGUGCGCCUGUCUCCCAACAUUCCGAGCGAUGCUUGUGCAUAUUUUCCCCAAGGUGCUCGGCAAUUCAAGCGACCAGUCCUACUACGAACAGAGGAACACGCCCAGCAAACCGCCCACAUUCGGCUCCGCCCAAGCGCUCAGCAAAAGUCAUAUUAACAAGACGGUUUCCUACUCGGUCGACUACGGGGCGAAUAAGAGGCCCCAGAGGCACAGUUUCGUACCGCUGGUUGAAAUGGAUCCACACGACCAUUGA